GGUCCCCUCGACCCCUUUGGCGACAACUUUGAUGCCCGGGAAUGGGCUAAAUCCUUUUAUCGCCUCCGCUCCGACAGCUGCGAGGUACGCAAGGCCGGCGUCGCCUUUCGCAAGCUAAACGUCUCGGGCUACGGGUCCGAUACUGCGUUCCAGACUACGGUGGGCAACGCGUGGUGGCUCAAGGCCGCGGGGGGCAUGCGUGGCCUAUUGCGUAUCAAGCGUCAACAGGUGCGCAUCCUGCAUGAUCUCGAGGGAGUCGUCAACGACGGUGAGAUGCUUUGCGUUCUGGGUCCGCCAGGCAGUGGCUGUUCGACCUUUUUGCGUACGAUGGCGGGAGAUACGCAGGGCACACAGGUAGCGGAAGAUUCUUAUCUCAACUACCGCGGCGUGAGUGCCGAUGAGAUGAAGCGUUACUUCAAGGGCGACGCCAUUUACACCGCCGAAGAGGACGUUCACUUCCCGGAACUUUCGGUAGCGGACACACUCUUCAUCGCAGCCCGCGCAAGAGCACCCAGGACCCGGCCCGCGGGACUCUCGGCGGACGAGUAUGCGACGUGGGUGCGCGACGUAACCAUGGCCAUGCUGGGGAUCCAACACACGAUGCAGACACCCGUAGGCGGUACCGACGGCGACACAGUACGCGGUGUAUCUGGC